AUACAGUACCCAUACAGUUUAUUCUUGUAUUGCUAUAUCACCUGCGAAAUAUAUUUUCGUUUCUUUCGAUCUUAUGUUGCCCGCGCUUGUGCGAUUCGGAACUAAUCCCUCCGAAAUUCGCUUUGCCGGAUUAUACAUCAUCUUUGCUUCCACCACCAACUACAACUAUAUAUCUGAGCCUCCCUAUUCCCUCUUGGCCCAACCAUGGGCCCAAUUCGGCCUUUGCUAUUCGCUACGAUGCCUCCAGAAAUCCUUGAACAUAUCGCUUUCUUUGCCUCGACUGAGAAUAGUUUCUUGGGACCUCCACAUGGACUCAUUCCGUUAUUGACCUUGAAUCGACGCAUAUACUCGGCUCUAUCCUUCUCAUCAAACCCCCACCUCUAUGCACGCAUCUUUGGCAGCAAGUUCGACUUUAACUCUGCAGUUAGGCGGUUAGGGCGCGACAAUCUACAUGCCGGGGCGUUGGCGGAGGAACUCAAGCGUAGAAGUAUACUCCUAAAGAGACUACGAUCUCGUGUGGAUAGCAUCUUUGAUCCUUCAAUAUCUCGUCAUGAGCGUGAAGAUCAGCUAAACAGUGUUCUAUGGACAUCGUAUUUCAUGAUGAUGGAGAAUGACGGGAAGAACGAGGUUCAACUACGGGAGUAUGCUCGGAUAGGCGAAUGGCUAAAGGAAUUCUGGUUUCACCCCGACGGAGCAUCGCAGGCAGUGUCUAGUGUUAGAGAGGAUGAAUGGCCUGCGAAUCAUGAACGAACAUCGCUCGCCAUGUGGUUGCUAUGGUUCACUCUGAGACCAGACGAUUACAUGGCCGAUGAGGACGUCUUUCGUUCCGCUACUGGCAUUCUGAAACUGAUAGCGUUAGGUGCACACCAGUAUCCCCUAUGUUACCCAUCUUGGUGCAAUUUCAUCCCUACCCGACCCUCCAAGCAAGUUUCGAAAGUACGCCAUUAUGCCUCGGAUAUAUCUGUAGUCGCUCCAGCACCAGCAGCACCUGCUAUCCUUGCUUACCUCACUCUGGCGAACAAGCUAACAGUCUCAUGGGAGGCCAUCAAUUAUAUGAACCCCCUUGCGCCUACCGUUACUAGCUCGGUGCCUGUGCGGAAUAGUGCAGAAUGGGAUGGCGAAUGGGCACGGACGCUCGCCGUCGCGGAUGCAAAGAUUGUGACGGGAAACACCCUAUCGGGUGCGUUCAGACCGGGUAGCUUACAAGGUGUUUGGGAAGGUCUCUUCACGUAUACCGAAUUCACUGCGUACGCUGCUCUCCUCUCCGGUGCCCCACCCGCAACGCUCCAACGUAGUCUCGUCGCGCAACAUCGACAAACAUGGAAGCUGCGGGAAUACCACCUGCUCAUAUCAGACGAGGAUGAAGACGUUCAACCCCUUCCCCCGGGCAAUCCGGCUCGGGGUUAUAUUCCACUUGGAACACAGGUUCACGAAGGUCCACAUACGCUCGAGCUGACUGCGGCUGGGAGCAAUGAACCACUCGUGUACCAGAGUUGGUCGAAUUUACAGAAGAGUGGAGUUCCGAUAAAAGGAAGGGUGAAGGAUGUGUUCAUCACUGGCGAGGGACACUCAGCAUGGGGUCAAUUUAACCUGGUCGGUCGUGUAAGACCGAGCGAUGGCUUCCUGAGUCUAUCGAAAGAAUAUGUCGAUGGCGAUCGAGGACGAUGGCUUUACAGAGGCUACAUGGUAGGCGAUGCCAAUGGGAAUCUCUCUGGGCGCUGGAGAGAUACAUUGACGUUGCCCGAGGUGGCGGGAUACGAAGGUUGUUUCGUGAUGAGUAGACGGCGGUGAGACUGACUUCUGUCGAUGCGACGGAGGAGGUUUUAUUAUUGGACGAUCUUGGUAUGUUUGCUAUCAUCUCAUUUGGACUUUCGCAUAUAGUCACAGAAUUGUGAAUGUAGCUUUAGAGCAUAUACAGUAAAUACCGCGCACGACUGAAGUGAGUAUAAUCUCCGGUCUCCAGCGCCUUACUAGGGAAGGCUCUUCUAUGAUUUCUGUCUUUGACC